AUGAAUGGUUCGAAAAGUUCAAGCAACGGCAUGCAAUUCAUUACUUUCGAUGUUUUGAAGAGUGGCUCAGUUGAUAUGGAGAAAAUUGAAGUUGUUUUACCACAGAUAAAAGAGGAAUCGGAAAAAUGGUCUUUGAAGGAUAUUUUCAAUAUGGAUGAAACUGGCUUAUUUUAUCGCAUGCAAGCUGAUAACUCUCUUGCAACAAAGAAUAUUUUACUUAUCUUGGAUAAUUUCACUGCUCAUGGAAAAAAGGAGAAUUAUCCCCCACUUCGUCAUACAAAGGCGAUGUUCUUACCACCAAAUAGCACUUCCAAAAUCCAGCCAUGUGAUAUGGGCAUCAUUAGAAAAUUCAAAGGUUAUUAUCGUCAACGAUUUAACCGCCAACUAUUGAAACAGAUAGAUGAUCAUGUUUUGGAACCAUCAAAGUUAAGUGUCCUCAAUGGAAUUGUAAAUGCAAUUGUUGCAUGGUCAAUUGAUGUCAAGCCACAAAUAAUUGCCAAUUGUUUUAAGCAUUGCAAAAUUUGGAGUCUUGAUGUUGAUGAAUUGCAAGUUGACAAAGAAAUGGAAAAUGAAAAUAAAUUAGUCAUUGCAAACUUGGGGAAACAGAUUAAAGAACUUCACUAUACUAAUAGAAUGGCUAUUAAUGACUUUCUUAAUCAUUCAGGUGAGCAACAGGUCACAUAUGCUUUAAGUGAGGAAGAAUCAUUGUUGUAG